AGAUGGCAGACGAUCAGAGCUGUGUUGGGGAACAGGGAGCUGGGGAUUCAGCAAACAAAGAUACAGUGGAUGCUAAGCCAGACCGGUCUUCGUUUGUGCCAUCACUCUUCAGUAAGAAGAAGAAAAAUAUCUCAGGACGAUCUGUCAAGACCACCCGGGAUCGAGCGCCUACGUAUCAGUACAACAUGAAUUUUGAGAAGGUGGGCAAAUGCAUCAUAAUAAACAACAAGAACUUUGAUAAAGUGACAGGUAUGGGCGUUCGAAAUGGAACGGACAAAGAUGCUGAGGCCCUUUUCAAAUGCUUUCAAAGACUGGGUUUUGAGGUGGUUGUCCACAAUGACUGCUCUUGUGCCAAGAUGCAAUCUCUGCUUAAAAAAGCUUCUGAAGAGGACCAUACAAAUUCAGCCUGCUUCGCCUGUAUUCUAUUAAGCCAUGGAGAAGAAAAUUUAAUUUAUGGGAAAGAUGGUGUGACACCGAUAAAGGAAUUGACAGCCCAUUUCAGGGGGGAUAGAUGCAAAACCCUUUUAGAGAAGCCCAAACUCUUCUUCAUUCAGGCUUGCCGAGGGACAGAGCUCGAUGAUGGCAUCCAGGCUGACUCAGGACCCAUCAAUGACACAGAUGCUAAUCCCCGGUACAAGAUCCCAGUUGAAGCUGACUUUCUCUUUGCUUACUCUACGGUUCCAGGCUAUUACUCAUGGAGGAGCCCAGGAAGAGGCUCCUGGUUUGUGCAAGCUCUCUGUUCCAUUCUGGAGGAGCACGGGAAAGACCUGGAGAUCAUGCAGAUCCUCACCAGGGUGAACUACAGGGUAGCCAGGCACUUUGAGUCUCAGUCUGACGACCCGCUCUUCCACGAGAAGAAGCAGAUCCCGUGUGUAGUUUCCAUGCUCACCAAAGAACUCUACUUCAGUCAAUAACUAUAACUAUUCCAGGGGGCAUUCUAACUGAGAAACUCCGGAUCACUUGUUGAUGAAUCCGCUUUUUUCUUUUUACACUUUUGAAAUAUCUGGAAAUUCUACAGAUUUUAAUUUCAGGAAAAUUCAUUGAUUCAACAGGGAAGAAACUUUCUGGUGCUGUCUUAUAUUCUCUGACUUUUCAGAGACUUUUUUUUUUACAAUAUUAUUCAUUUGAUGACUGUGUAAUUUUCUCUUAAAAUUAGCUUUCUCUUUGUAUGUUUUUCCCUUGUUGUCACACUCACUACAUGCAACAAAAGUGACCUCUGGAAAAGGCUCUUAGCUGUGUCUACUGUAGUUGGUGAUGACACUGGUACAGUCAGACAUGUAUUUGCACUUGGCAAAGAGAAUCCCAGUGUUUGACCAAAGAUCAGCCAAAGAGAUAUUUUUUGGCCUGUAUUGCAGAAAGUGAAUAUUAAGUGUGAUUUGUGUGAUUUCCAUGGGCUUAGGGCAUAUUCUCAUGCAAAAAUUUCCAGAUAAGUUAGAGAAGAUAGAAUUUAAUGACUCUACUAUGUAUCAGUCAGGAUCCAGUCUGGGAAAUAGAAACCACUUGUGUUUCGAUAGAGGGAACUGAAUACAGGAAGUUGAUAUACCUAGAUGAUGAAAGAGAAGCUAAAUAGCAAGAAGCUGUUACCAUACUCAGGGCUACAAGGAUAAUGG